AUGAAGAUUCAGUUAUUAUGUCUCGCUUUGGUAUUACUAGCCGUCGAAGCCAAUGCAGCGAAGCCAGCAAAGAAUACAACAAUCCCAUCACUAAUAGUUUUUGGAGAUUCAAUAAUGGAUACUGGUAACAACAAUAAUCUUCCCACUAUGCUAAAAUGCAACUUCCCUCCUUACGGCAAAGAUUAUCCUGGAGGUUUAGCCACUGGAAGAUUUUCUGAUGGAAGAGUUCCCUCUGAUCUAAUUGCCGAAAAGUUGGGAUUGGCUAAGACAUUGCCAGCUUAUAUGAAUAAAAAUUUGAAGCCUGAAGACCUUCUUAAAGGUAUAACAUUUGCAUCAGGAGGAACUGGUUACGAUCCGUUAACGGCUAAGAUUAUGGAAUUACAUAAACUUGGUGCAAAGAAAAUUGGAGUGUUUAGUGCAGUACCUGUCGGGUGUGUACCACUUCAAAGAACAGUGUUCGGAGGUAUGUUAACAAGAGGAUGCAAUCAACCUUUAAACAAUAUGGCAAAACAAUUCAACGCAAGGCUUUCUCCAGCACUGGAUGCUUUAGAUAAAGAGUUGGAUGGUAUUAUCCUUUACAUUGAUGUUUAUGAUACUCUUUACGACAUGAUCCAAUACCCUAAAAAAUACGGUUUUGAGGUAGCGGACAGAGGAUGUUGUGGCACUGGUGCUCUUUCAAUAUCGUACAUGUGUAACUCACUACAUCCGUUCACAUGUUCUAACUCGUCGUCCUAUAUAUUUUGGGAUAGCUACCAUCCAACUGAAAGAGCUUAUCAAGUUAUCGUUGACAGCUUACUCGACAAAUAUUUAAGCAAACUUGUUUGA